ACACAUUUUUAGAAUAUUCAAAGUUUUAUCUUAUGAUUCAUACGAGUUGUAAUCAGGCCUUAUAUAUUAGAGUUGUAAACUUUUUUUGAAGCCAUCUUCAUAAUUAUUAACCGAUCAAAACAAAAGUCAACAUGUAUCACAAGUUUGAGAUCUCCGGCGAAGUUAUUAAGGCUUUGGGGUUGAAGACGAAAAUUCUGAUAACAGUCAUCGUCUUUAGUUGCUUACUAAUUCUGUCAGUAAUGUUACUAUCAUUCUCAAACAAUUUCAAUAAUCAACUUCUUGAUCCUUCAAUCAACGACGAAUUCGAAACAUCAGGGGACAAACUGAUAGGAGAGCUUUUAACAGCUGAUUUCGAUCAAGGUUCUUGCGUGAGUAGGUAUCGUAAAACUUUCUGGUACCGCAAGCCUUCCCCAUACAAGCCUUCUGAAUAUUUGGUCUCUAAGCUUAGAAGCUAUGAGAAGCUUCACAAACGUUGCGGUCCUGGCACAAAAGCUUACAAGAAAGGAACAAAGAACCUUAGUCGCGAUAAUAAAAACUACGCAAACGAAUCAGUUGGUGAAUGCAGAUACGUUGUUUGGAUCGCGGAUUACGGGCUUGGAAACAGAAUGCUUACUCUUGCUUCUGUCUUCCUCUACGCUCUCUUGACAGAUAGAAUCAUUCUUAUUGACAACGGCAAGGAUCUUGGUGAUCUUUUAUGCGAGCCAUUUCCAGGUACUUCAUGGUUGCUUCCUCUUGACUUUCCAUUGAUGAAAUAUACUUACCGCUACAACAAGGAAUACUCUCGUUGUUAUGGAACUAUGUUGGAAAAACGUGCCAUCAACUCUACCUCAAUCCCGCCGCAUCUAUAUCUCCAUAUCCUCCAUGAUUCAAGGGAUAGUGAUAAGAUGUUCUUCUGCCAAAAGGAUCAAAGUUUGAUCAACAAAGUCCCUUGGUUGAUUGUUAGAGCCAAUGUUUACUUUGUUCCAUCUUUGUGGUUUAAUCCAACAUUCCAAAACGAACUAACUAAGCUGUUUCCGCAGAAAGAAACCGUCUUUCACCAUUUGGCUCGGUAUCUUUUUCACCCGACAAAUCAAGUUUGGAGUAUCGUAACUAGGUACUACCAUGAUCACUUAUCCAAAGCAGAGGAAAGACUCGGGAUUCAAAUACGAGUUUUUCGGGAUCAAGGUGGAUACUACCAGAACGUCAUGGACCAGAUCGUAUCUUGCACACAAAGAGAGAAACUUUUGCCUGAACUACCUACGCAAGAAGAAGCAAAAGUCAAUAUAUCGAACAUCCCAAAACGUAAAGCUGUUCUUGUCACAUCUUUGUCUCCGGAGUACUCUAAAAAACUAAAGAACAUGUUUUCGGAGCGAUCAAAUUUGACAGGGGAGAUUAUUAAAGUUUAUCAGCCAAGUGGAGAAAGAUAUCAACAAACAGACUCGAAGAUCCACGACCAAAAGGCGCUUGCUGAGAUGUAUCUUUUGAGCUUAACCGAUAACAUUGUUACAAGCGCAAGGUCUACAUUUGGAUAUGUUGCUUAUAGUCUUGGAGGAUUAAAGCCAUGGUUACUUUAUAUGCCAAAUGAUCGCACAGUUCCUGAUCCGCCGUGUGUUCGAUCCAAGUCGAUGGAGCCAUGUUUCCUUACUCCUCCGUCUCAUGGAUGUGAAGCCGAGUGGGGAACUAACUCGGGAAAAAUUGUUCCUUUUGUUAGGCAUUGUGAGGAUAUAUACGGCCUUAAGGUUUAUGAUGAAUUAUAGAUAUUGUUUAUCACAUUUUAUUUCAUUGGAUUAUUAAAACAUAGGAGAAAAAUCAUCAUUUUCAUUUAUUUUUUCUUCUAUCAUGUUACCACAUAGAAAUAAUUAGUUGUUAAACACGUUUACGAGGUUC